AUCAGCAAGAAAGCUGUUAGCCUUAUAGAUGCAGAAUCAAUGUAUUUUGGAAAGGACAUGCUGUGUUGUUGGGAGGGAGGAGAUUCACUUUUGAUUUCUGUACCUGUAGAUGUGGCAGUUAAGGACAUGGCUUAAUGGUGGAUUUGGCAGUGUUGGUUUUAUGGUUGGACUCAAUGAUCUUUAAGGUCUUUUCCAACCCAAGUGAUUCUGUGAUUAAUGACUUUGACCUUGAUAAGUUACAUCUCUUUGUUAGGUAUUAUUCUACAUUGGUAAGAUAAUGCUCACACUCUUGCUGCUUAGAAGGGCUGUUAUUAAUAAUAAAUUAAUAGGUAGGAUUGUAAGUAUUCCUGCUGCUGAUUCUUCAGCAAAGAAAGACAAAUUUAGGGUAUUGUAUAUCUUUUGUGUCCUAAUGUACUCGAAAGUGUCAAAUCAAAUCAAAAUGUCGGAACAGCACAUCUCAGUCUUUGACUUAUUGCUGUAGUGUUUUCGACCAGAGAGGAAGCACAGGCUGAGAUCAGAAGGCACACACUGUUUGGGGGAGUCCUGCCAGAAAGCACACUGCAGGUUUCUGCCUGGAGUCUUGUCAAAGUGGUGUUUUUCAAACAGCCAUAUGGUUUCAGUUUGAUGGGGCUUAUCAUCCAGAACAUUCCAAAGGACUGGUCUAAGCUGUACCUUUACCAAAACUAAAGAUAAACAUCUGGCAACAUCUGCUCUCAGUUUUCCAAGCACAGUGGGACAGGACCCAUCAGUGGAUGGACAGGCAUCCCACAUGGAGAGGGGGAAAGGAGCAGGAAACGUGGCAGCACUGUGAGCUGAGACAGCCUGGACAGGGACAGCAGAAAUAAGGGGAAGAAAGGAUGUGGCAUCUGAUGCAAACUAACUUUGGACACACUCUGAACUGUGUUGUACUGCAGUAUAAGCACGUGCUGUGUUAGAACCCACUUGUACAGCCAGCUGUAUGAGAUAAACUUGACUGUAACCAUAAACUUGAGUAACCAUUAAACAUACAGAUGCCUUUUAAAUUGAGACUUUAAAAGAUGUUUCCUACUACCCCUGAAAACUAUCUGUAAGUUUCCUGCAGGUUUCAGACAGCUAGGACUUCCUCCAAGUAUCAGUUAGGCCAGCACUGCCACUCUCUUCUCCACAGAAACAAUCAAACUCCCCACAAAACAAACAAACAAACAAAAUAAAAAUCCCCAAACAACAAAAACCCCACAACAACACCAGAACACUCCAAGAUUCAAAUUUCACUGGUGUUGCCUUGUUUUGGGGGCUACCAAAAAUCCCUGAGAGAUGCUCUAGAAUUUCAUCACCAAGAUGUGACCUAAAGGCAAGUCAGGGGGUAAUUAAGGUUCUUGGAAGAUGUUCUUGUGAAUCUUUUCCUUUGUUCAGAGUGACUUGCAACCUAAGUCUCCUCUUUUUACUGCCUAAUGAUGAGAAAUCACAGCCUAAACUGUCCUGCUGUACUCCUGAUCUGCUUCAGAAACUGGACUGUUUGUUCCUUUUGCUUUUUCUUUGAACAAAUCUUAAACAAACAAACAAACACAAUGACAAAACCACCAAAAACCCACAAACACACUUUAUUAGCCAUGAAUCACAAUUUCUGACUCAUCUGUCAUACUCCAAUUUCACCAGCUGUUAUCCAGCUGCCUUCUCUGGCUUUGCAUAAACAGAGUCUGAGCUCCUAAUUUCUGGAAGUAAUAGUUUUCUCAAAUAAUUGGGUCAGCUUUCUACAUAUAUUGUAGAUGAUAAAAAGGUGACAGUGUGGGAGACAGUGCCUGAAUACUGUUUCAAAUAUUUGGAACUGCAGGGCAAUCUUAGAGACUGGGAAUUAAAUUGUACCUUCUUGCCUGCUGCUCCACCUCACUCCACCUCUUGGUUUGUACAGGAUUUUUGUGCCCCUGGAAGACCAGGACAUCUAGACCAGGCAGCUGAGAAGUGAAGGGUUGAAAAUAACUUGAGAUUUGGAGCUGAUGUAGAAAACGCUCAGAAUGAAAGGCAAACUCCCAUGUCUCCUCCUGCUGGUGGGAGCAGUCGUGACUACCCAGUGCCAGGGCUUACUCACGCGUUUCAGACGGGGAGCCAGACCCAGAGCUGUUUGCAAAGACAGUUCCUCUGGAGAAGUGUUCCAGCACGGGUGGACCUGGCUGAGGCUGGCAGGGAGCAGGACAGAGUACUGUAGGUGUGACAGCGGGCAGAGGCGCUGCCACACGGUGCCUGUCAGAGCCUGCACUAGAAAUAAAUGCUACAAUGGGGGCCAAUGUUCACAGGCAUAUUAUUCCCCACAGCUCUUCAUCUGCCAGUGCCACCAGGGUUUCUCAGGGAAGCAGUGUGAAAUAGAUACUGAAGUUAAAUGCUACAAAGAUGCUGGAAUAACAUACAGGGGUACAUGGAGUGUGACAGAGAGUGGAACUGAAUGUUUAAAUUGGAAUAGCAAAGACUUGAUGGACUGGACAUACCAUGGCCAAAGAGCAGAUGCAGCUGAGCUGGGAUUAGGCAAUCACAACUACUGCAGAAACCCAGAUGAGGACUCCAAACCUUGGUGCUAUAUCUAUAAAGGGGGAAGGUACACCUGGGAACACUGCAGUGUGCCCUCCUGUUCAAAAGUUUCAAGCACCAGCUGCAGAUCUGGGAGAGGCACAGAUUACCGAGGCAGCCACAGUGUUACCAGUUCUGGAGCUACCUGUCUGAAGUGGAAUUCUGGGAUCCUUUUCAACAAGCGAUUUACUGCUUGGAGAAGAGACGCUUCCCAGCUGGGCCUUGGGAGUCACAAUUUCUGCAGGAAUCCUGACAAUGACAGCAAGCCCUGGUGCCAUGUCCUGAAAGGAACUCAGCUCACAUGGGAGUACUGCAAUGUGCCUACUUGCUCCAGCUGCGGCGAGCGGCAGCGCCGGGCCCGGCAGUUCCGCGUCCGAGGGGGCUCCGCCGACAUCGCGGCUCACCCCUGGCAGGCUGCCAUCUUCACCACCUACCGCCGCCUGCCCGGGGAGCACUUCCUCUGCGGGGGCACCCUCAUCAGCUCCUGCUGGGUGCUGUCAGCUGCUCACUGCUUUGAGGAACGCUUUAGUACAAAUCAGCUGAAGAUUGUGCUGGGCAGGACUUCCCGAGCCACUCCCGAGGAAAAUGAACAAAAGUUUGGAGUGAAGAACUACAUUGUCCAUCCGAGAUUUGACUCAGAAAAUUUCAACAAUGAUAUUGCUCUGCUGCAGCUGAGCUCAGAUGCAGGAACCUGUGCUGUUGAGACAGACACCGUGAGAGCUGCCUGCCUCCCCACACCAGGGCUGCAGCUGCCUGACUGGACAGAGUGUGAGAUCUCUGGCUAUGGCAAAGAUGACGAAUUCUCUCCAUUCUACUCGGAGCAGCUGAGGGAGGGUCAUGUCCGGCUGUUCCCGGCCAGCCAGUGCACGGCCCAGCACCUGGACAACCGCACGGUCACCGACAACAUGCUGUGUGCAGGAGACACCAGGAACCUCGAUGAUGCCUGCAAGGGCGACUCUGGAGGGCCCCUGGUGUGCCCGAAGGACGAGCGGAUGGUUGUGGUUGGGAUCAUCAGCUGGGGCAUUGGCUGUGGCCGCAAGGACGUGCCUGGUGUUUACACAAAUGUGAAUCGUUACCUGGGCUGGAUCCAGGACACCACGAAACCCUGAGAAAGAAACAUGAACUCUUUGCAGUCUUGUGGCCAUGCCCUCACAACCUCCUUCUGUGCCUUAAGGACUUCAAGGGCUUCCUGUUUGUCCACAGGCUCGUGACUUUCAGUACAAGGGAAGACAAACUGCAGUGUGUGAGAAGGGCACGUUCCCAAAUUACCCUCCUGUCCUUAUCACAGGUUAUCAGAAACUCAUCCUCCUUUCCCCCCAACAUCCCCAAGCUUUCCACUCGCAUCAAAUCACAUGAGUACCAUUUAAAAUUAGUUUUGGACCGAAAGAAUAAGCCAAGAGAGAACAUCAUGCAUCCCUGAAGCAGAUAUGUUGUUUUGGAAAUGGGUGUAAACUGAAGGCAAAGAGGACAGAUCUAAUUUCCUGAAAACUUCAUUUCCCUCCUUACUUGGCUGUAAAAUUGGAAGACAUUCCAGUCAGACUUAAGCUCUGUCCUUAUAACAUUUGACUUGGGUAAUUUAAGCUGGUUUCAGCUUGACUCCAAUAGAAAGAACAAAGCUGUAGGCUUGAGCUGCUUAUUUCCAGAUCAAUAUACUACUUGCUUUUUCAGUUUGGAACUGAUUAAUUAACCAAGUCUGAGCUUAAACUCUCUGAGCAAAUCCAGGGUAGCAUGCUUGUUAGGACAUUCUGUUCUCCCAGUUGCUUUUCCUCCUGGUAAAGGAAUGGGUAAAAAUAUUAACAUCAGCCUGAUCUGCCACAGAAUCAGUGCAUACUUUUUGACUAUUAAAUUUCUGUGCAUUAUCAUCUGAUAUGAAAGCAAAAACUCUCUUUUCGGUGCAGUGGGGCAGAACAAAGGACAAGUGGAAUGGCAGCAGUUUAAAGCGCCUGCUAGAUUUAUAUCCACAAGUAAAAGGCCAAAUCACAUGUCACAAGGCUGCCUUUGUCCUUUAAGAGCAGCCAGGGCAGGUACAACCAAUCCCCAUGAACCAGACCCUCAGUAAUCAGCUUUACUGCCCUGCACUGCAGCUGCCAUGUGACACUGAGUGGCAUCUGUGCACACCCGAGGAGUGAAGCCUUUGAAAGCUUCUCCUUUGUCCAGUUGCUUUAUAAAGAGAAAGCAGGUGUAACUACUGUUUUACAAAAGGAAAACGUUAUCCUGAGGGAACAAAAGGAGUUUAGCUUUAGUACCAGUUGUAGCCAGAACACCAGUCUGUUGUACUUGGGAAACUCAAACCAUUGUAACUCCAAAUGUUUACUCUCCCAGCUUUAAGGAGCUCUCUGAGAACAGACUAGCACAGCAUCCAGUCAAAUACAGAGCCCUGCUAUGAAAGUACAGAGGAGAGAUGUGGUGAGGAUGGUGAAAGGCAGGUUGUAAAUGGCAGCUUUACAAAUGGUCUGUGAUCUUCCAGCUACCAGCUUAGAAAAUGCCUCAGAGAGAUGAUCUCUAAUGCCCUCAGAGCAAUGGUGGUGUAAGUCCAGUCAGUUCAACAACAGUGGACAGGGAAAAAAAACCCCAAGAUGUUUUUUAAUGAAGAGUCACAGUUCAGGGUUUUGGUGUAAAUUUUCUUUUUAUUGUUGAUAUUUUCAUUUUAUUAAAUAUUAAUGUUGAGAAAAAUACAAAUUAAUUUCCAUUCAUCUCCCCUACACCAUUUCCAAGUGCUCUUGUGCCUCACUAUCCUGGCAUUCCCUGCCAAAUACCUGCAGCCUGUAAAACAGCCAAAACCAUUCCACUGAGUAACACAAGUAAGUAUCCUCAGGAACACUUUUGUUUUGCCAUUCAAACAGUCUAUUAAAUUCAAUAUUUGAACUCAAUGUGACCUAACAGCCACCAAUAAAAUGUUUCCAUCUUUA